AUGGUCUGGGAUCGGGGAUCGGGUUUCACCUCCCAGCCAAUAUCCCCCGACACGCUUCUCCGUUCGAUAACGAGCCGCCUGCCGUCGCAGCCGGCAGCGCCGCCGCCCCUCCUCCUGGCCAUCCUUCUCGCCCUCAUCUGCCUGGGGACCCGCCCCCGUCCCGAAGCUGUGAGGGGCGGGGCACCUGUUGUGGUCGCCGACGAUGAUGAUGAAACCAUGGAGUACGCCCCGCAAUAUGAACAUCCGGGAUAUGCCUUUAGUUAUGGUGUUAAGGAUCUGCAUACGGGCGAUGUGAAGUCACAGUGGGAGUCCCGAGACGGUGACGGGGUCAAGGGUCACUACAGCAUACUGGAGCCCGACGGCUCCAUACGCACCGUCCAUUAUACGGCGGAUGCCAAGAAGGGCUUCAAUGCCAUCGUCAAGACGGUGGGGGCCAACUCGCAUCCGAUUACGGAGACCCCAGAGGGUAGCAAUCAUGUAAACGACGACACCUCCCAGUCGAAGAUCAACCACUACAGCAAGGAUCAGGAGCACAUCGUCCUGAGCUCGGAUAUAAAACCCCUCAAAAAGCCCAUUGAGGAUCUGACGCACUCGCAUCCCAAGAUUCCCAGUCUGAUUGAGAUCAAGCCGCAUGCGAGGAUCAAGCAGGUGCCCAUGGACAUGGAUCCUGGCAUCAGGGAUCGCUUGCAGCAGGCCAGGGAUACCUAUUACAAACAGAUUGCGGCCGCUCACAAGCUGGAGGAUUACUCCCAGAAGCUGCAGCCCACCUAUGCGGUGCAGGAGGGUGACUGGAAGGCGGUCAUUGUGAACGAACCUCGGGAGUACAGGCCUUACUACACCACAGGAUCUCCCAUUCACUCGCAACAUGGCUAUUACGACCACUACAAGCCCAAGGAGUUGCCCCACAACUAUCUGCACAAGCAGCAGUCCCUGCACACCAGCUUCUCGCCCUCGAAGCCCCGGGUUAGCAUUCCCCCCGAGGGCAUCUCCAACCACAUACACCAGAAGAAGGUUGUGCACACUACACCGGGACUGAAGCACUACAAGUACAAGGGCGUCUCCAAGACCUAUUCUCGUCCAGAUUACUCAAGUUACUUCCAUCGCAAGCCCAAGAAGCUACGUCCACUGCACCCCACACAGAAGCCACGUGCCCAGAGACCCGGCAAGUCGGGUCCUGUUCUCUUCCCAAAUGUCCUGAACGACGACUUCGAGGACGCCGAGGAAGAUGAGCAGGGAGCGGCGUCGGCCAGCCUAGUGCAGAGCAUGGUGCGCAAGGACAAGAAGCACAUGGUGCCCAUGUAUGCGGGCGGACAUAGUUUCCAGCCCGGUAGCUACAGCACCUUGGAAGGGGUCUAGAUCCUUGGACAGCCCACAGUUUUUCCUCCUCUAUUUAUU